AUGGCAAUGAUCGGUGAAAUGGAUGCGGACAGCGUUGUAGGAUACUUUAGGAACAAGAGCAUCCUCAUUACUGGUUCAACUGGGUUCCUAGGAAAAGUGCUUGUGGAAAAGAUACUGAGGGUUCAGCCUGAUGUGAAGAAGCUCUUCCUCUUAAUUCGGGCCCCCAAUGUUGAAUCUGCAAAGCUUCGACUUCAGACAGAGGUUACAGCGAAGGAGAUCUUUCAACUGCUGAAAAAAAAACAUGGUGUGGGGUUCGAAAAUUUUAUCGAAGAAAAGAUCUGUCCUUUGGCAGGAGAUAUCAUGCAUGAGGACUUUGGACUAGAUAGUGCCCAGCUGAGAGCUUUGUGCAAGGACAUAGACAUCAUCGUUAAUGGUGCUGCAACUACGAAUUUCUCUGAAAGAUAUGACGCGGCUUUCGACGUGAAUGUCUUGGGAGCGAAGAACGUCUGCGCAUUCGCAAACAAGUGUACUAAGCUCAAGAUGUUACUUCAUGUUUCAACUGCCUACGUAGCUGGUGAACAAGAGGGGUUAAUACCAGAGAAGCCAUUCUUGAUGGGUGAGACACUAAGGGUGGGUACACAUCUAGACAUCGAAUCAGAGAUAAAUCUUAUUAAAGAGGCCAGAAGAGAACUAAGGGCCAACUGUUCCACAGAGAAAGCUGAGAAGAAAACAAUGAAAGAGCUUGGCCUCAAGAGGGCACGACACUUUGGGUGGCCAAACACCUAUGUCUUCACAAAGGCAAUGGGGGAGAUGAUUAUGGGACACCUGCGGGGGCGCUUUCUGGUGGUCAUCAUCCGCCCGAGCAUCAUAACGAGUACACUCAAGGAGCCAUUUCCUGGAUGGAUGGAAGGAAUCAGAACAAUUGACUCGGUGAUGAUCGGCUAUGCCAAGCAGAUCUUGCCAUUCUUCAUCGGCGACCUUGAUUUAAUAAUAGACGUGAUUCCGGGGGACAUUGUGGUGAACGCUAUGAUGGUUGCCAUGGCAGCACAAUUAAAGGAUCAACAACCGCAGAUCAUCUACCAUGUAACUUCCUCUUUACGCAACCCAGCACCCUCCGCCCUUGUUGUGGAAUCAAUGCACCGUUACUUCUUCGAAAAUCCGUUGUGCAAAGGAAGGAAUGGCGAGCAUGUCCGGAUGAAGAAGAUGAGGUUCUUCAGCACGCUCGCACAGUUGAGAUUUUACACCGCCCUCGUGUACAAGCUUCCGCUCCAGAUGCUUGGCCUGCUGAACAUUGCCCUUUGUGGUGUUUUCUCACGGUACUACAACAAGCUUAGCAGAAAAUACAUAUUCUUCAUGCAUAUGGUCGAGCUCUACGCACCAUACGGUUUGUUCAAAGGAUGCUUUGAUGACACAAACUUGGAGAGGCUAAGGAUGGCAAUGAACACGGAUCAAAAUAACAAUGGGUCCUAUUACUUCGACUUUGACCCCAAGUCCGUUGACUGGGACGACUAUUUCUACCGUGUUCACAUCCCCGGUGUGGUCAAGUAUACAUGUCAUUGA